AUGCCUGCCGAGAUCAUCAGGCGGAUUCUCGAUGAUCUAGCAGCCAUGGACAUCCAAGGCCUGUUUCGCUGCUUCCAGACAGCCAAGGUGUUCUACAACGUCUAUCGAGAUUCGCUGGCACUGCGGUAUAAGGUUGCUCUAGCUCUCGCGGGCAAGGCCGAAGGACAGCAAGCCUCUGACGUCCCGGUUGCCCAACGUCUGCAACGGUUAAUGGAGUAUGAGCGGCGCUGGGCACAACUCGACUGGACUUCGACCAAACGCUUGACAAAUCGUGAAUUGCUCGACUUUGACUUGCGCAGCGGAUUCUUCGCGUCGACCAUGCCAGACUGCGGCGUGUUGGCCAUUUUUCAACUUCCCUCCGCGACGCGUGGCAUCGUGCUGCGCGGUUCCGAGAUGUCAUUCGACUCUGAUUGCAUUCAACACGUCGCCGCGGACGCCUCUCAAGAUCUGAUCUGUGUCUUCGAGCAGCCGGAAUAUGCACAUGGCAUUACGGACCACCUUAUAGUAUACGCGUUCAGCAUCUCUACGGGCAAGCGGCAUCCAUUGGGGAAAUACACCACAAUGCUUCGACAUCCAUUUCCGAAUUUCAGCGCACGGGACCCGUCAGUGUACGGAGAUUAUGCAGCUGUGUUACUGCAUCCCCGGCGAGGCGCGCGUGUUCCGUCGAAAUCUCGUGUACGAGAUCGCAAUCUUAUCGUAUGGAAUUGGAAGACCGGCCAGACUCUAAUGGAUAUAGUCGGAGAAAUCCAAUCGUACACUUUCCUGACCAACGACCUCAUAUUGCUCGUCAUCAUCGAGCCUCACGAGCCCACGCCUUUCUUCGAGCUCAGGGAUUUGAGUGACGGCACCGGUACGCCUUGUCACUAUAGUCACCAGCCGUGGCGGCUUCGCCUCGACUUCCCACCCACUCACCAGCCCGGAACCAUCACAAACUUGCGUCUAGCUGCCAACGCUGGUCCCAAGUAUCCCAGAGUUUCCGUUCCAUUCUAUACACCACAUGGCAAGGGCAUUGUCGCAGCCACAUUCGAUGCCUCUUGCAACGUCCAAGGCGACAAACGAGCGCAUCAGACGUCGUGGGCGCUCGUCAUGUACCUGGAAGACUUGAUUAACUUCGCCACUCAAGCGCGUGAUGUGCCUUUCGGGCGUAUAACCUGGAGCGAAUGGGGGCCUGAGUUCACGCGCCUGACAGAAACUCCCGCGCAAGGCGGGGACGCCCGGUGGUUGACCUUCGGCUACAGGAUGGCGCUUGCGAACUCUGACCCUUCUGGGAUAACUGUGUACGACUUUAAUCCCUUCCUGGCGGCUUUGCGCAACGAGAUGAAGGAUGUUCUCAAACAUGAUGCUGAAGUGAACAUCGUCACGGAAGUAGAAACUGUCGAAAUGCCUCGCGUAUGGACCGAGCCCGUUACCACGUCGUUACCUUACUCGAAGCGCAUGCACCCUGUGGACGGCGAGAUCUCUCGUUGUUCCAUUGGCGAAGACAACAUCAUCCUAUCUGUGACAUGGGAGGAUAAUCAAAAGGAUCCUAUGGACAAAUACGAGGAGUUGUGGAUCUUCAUCAGUGCGGAAACUGAAGAUGUCCUCAUCGCCGAACACGAACGUGGCCGCUGCUUGUGCCAUCUCCCGGCGGAAAUCAUCGAUCAUAUCUUGGGCGACCUGGCGACGCUCGACAUAAAGUGCUUUUUCCGCUGCCUGCGAGUGGCGAAGAUUUUCCUUGAUGUGUACCAGAAUUCGGCGCCGCUGCAAUACGGGGUGGCACUGAUCCUUGCGGGCAAGAGUGAUGGGUUCGAGAGCUGUGAUAUGCCGGUCCCUUCUCGCAUGCAACGGCUGAUGGAACACGAGAGACGAUGGGCGCAACUCGACUGGAGCGCGCUCGAGCUCCUCUCCAAGAUGGACGCGGAGAAGUUUGAUAUGCGCAACGGGGUUUUCGCUCACAACCACUUGAGCCCCCAUAUGGUACCCAUCUUCCGACUUCCCUCAGCAACGCGCGGCAUCGCGAUGGUCAACUGGUGCCUAUGGUUGGAUGAAUUUAGGGUUCGAGACAUUGCUACGGACGCUACUCAGGACCUGAUCUGCAUUUUCGAGCACACAAGGCAGCCUCAUUCACCGAACCUUGUCAAAGUGCACACGUUGACCCUUUCCCACUCCCGGCCGCAUCCUCUAGGACUUGCCACUGCGACGUUUCAGCAUGCAUCAAAGGGUUUCCAAAUUUCGCAACCUUGUAUAUACGGAGAUUAUCUAGCUGCGCUCAUGUUUUGGGAUGAAAGCUUCGAACCAUUCGCGCCAAGUACGCCCGGCGACCGGCUGACUGUGUGGAACUGGAAAACGGGUCACCUUCACUUGGAUUUCAUUGGGAACAUCGACUCGUACAUCUUUCUGGGUGAUAACCUCAUCAUGCUCAGUACCUUGAACCGACUAUCCAAGG